AUGUCGUUCCCGCCUGCUGAAUAUCCACAACCUCAAUAUGGCUCAGAUCCCCUCCUAAGAACAAGCCCCCCAGCGAUCUCUCAUGCUUCGCAGGACAAUGGCCAGCGUAGCUGUAUAACCUGCCGGAGGAGGAAGGUCCGCUGCAACAAGAAAUGCCCGUGUGUCAACUGUGUAAAGGCAGGUAUUGAGUGUGUGUUCCCUCCGCCGGGGCGAGCGCCGCGCAAGUCGAAACGGCCGCACGAUGCGGAACUUCUAUCCCGAUUGAAGCGUUUAGAAGGCGUGAUCGAGCAUCUCAGUGAGAAAAAUACGUCUCUGUCAACGGUGCCUUCUCCAACGCAACAGCGCAGUGGGUCCGUGACCACAGCGGAAUGUCCUGGCAGCGCCGAACCCCAAAGUGCAGAGCCCGAAGGGUGUCCAUUUGACCCAAAGCGAAAGCCGCGAAACUUGGAGCAUGAGUUCGGAAGAUUGGUGAUUGAAGAAGGCCGGAGCCGAUACGUCAGCAACCGGCUUUGGGCCAGCUUGGGAGACGAGAUUGAAGAGCUUCAGGACCUACUGGACCCGUCAUCGUCAGAGGAUGAAGAUCAUCCCUCUCCGGCGUCCUCUUCGACUCACUCAACGAACCACGACGGGUUCUUGUUUGGAUUCUACUCACUUUCGCACUCGCUUCGUAGUUUUCAUCCUCCGCCAUCGAAAGUCCCACUGCUUUGGCAGGCCUAUUUGGAAAAUGUGGAUCCCUUGAUACCCAUUGUUCAUAAGCCGUCGGCUAAGCAAUUGUUUACGAACGCCACUGACCAUCCGGACGCGCUGGACAAAAAUUCCGAAGCUUUGUUACUCUCAAUGUAUUUCGUAACGAUAAUAAGCUUGACACCGGACCAAUGCAUUACUCUACUCGGAGAAGAGCGCGAUACUGCCGUAAGUCGAUAUCGGUUCGCUGUCGAGCAGGCAUUAUCGAAGGCGAACCUUUUGAAUACGCAAAGCCUGAUGCUUCUGCAAGCUGCUGUGAUAUUCCUGAUCGCGGUACGCCGAGAAGAUGAUACUAAAUUUGUUUGGUCUAUGACCUCUCUCGUCAUUCGGCUUGCUCAAGGUUUAGGACUACAUCGAGAUGGAACGAACUUUGGUCUAAAACCAUUUGAAACGGAGAUGCGCCGACGAUUGUGGUGGCAUAUCGGACUGCUGGAUAUUCGAUCAUCUGAGGACCAUGGCACCGAGACUCAGAUUACCGAAAGAAUGUACGAUACACGGCUUCCAUUGAAUAUCAAUGAUGAUGACAUCUGCCCCGAGAUGCAGGAGCCACCUGAAGAGAGAAAUAGCUUUACAGAAAUGAGUUUCAGCCUCAUGCGCUUUGAGAUCACGAUUGCUCUUCGGCGAGUGAGCUAUUCAUGCCCAAAUACUAAUAUUCCUGGACCUCAACAGCCCUCCCCCGAGAAAUGUGGCAACUUGAUCCAAAUCAUCAACAAGCGCAUCGAGGAAAGGUAUAUCCAACAUUGCGAUAUGAACGUUCCAAUCCAAUGGGUCACUGCGACGGUUGCUCGCCUCAUUCUGACAAAGUUGUGGCUGGUGGUCCACCAUCCGAUGACACGGCCAUAUCAGGGGAUAAACUUAACCAACUCUUCCCGCGAAAGUCUCUUCCUGACUUCGGUUGAGGUAGCCGAAUUCGCACGUUUAUUAACGGCCGAUAAGAACACACAGAAAUGGGGCUGGAUGUUUGCGAUCAAUAUGCAGUGGCAUGCGAUUGCCUUCGUCCUGGCCGAACUCUGUGUGCGUCCCAUUAAUCCUCUGACUGAGCGGGCUUGGGCCGCCGUGAGCACACUCUAUGGGGGGUGGUUGCAGACAGCAAAACAUAGAAAGGGCAUGCUCUGGCGGCCGCUCGCCCGGCUGAUGAAGCGAGCAGCCGAUCACCGAGCUAAACUACAGCAAGAGAUGCACGCUCAGCCUGGGCCCAGCACGGUCACUUCCUCGAGUGCUGUAUCUCUGAGCAUUCCUGAAGGGCCAAAAAUUAUAGAUCCUCCGAUGUUGCCACGCAUCCCAGAUUUCCAGUUUUCGCCCAGCACCUUGCCUGGUCCUACAUCGAGUAACCCGCCCGUGAGUGGCCUCGAUCUCAGGAAAGGAGGACCAAUGGAGGUGAUAAAUGACUUGUUCCCUGAUGUGGACUGGCUUUCUUUGCCAACGCCUGCAGAUUCUCUUGGUCAGCAGCCAGCUGCCCAUCUGGCGCCAGCGAUUGGCAUCCCCGAGGGCUCUGCUCUGCCUCCUGAGCUCCAACAAGAUUCGUCUAACUUGCAGCUCAACUGGGACGAAUGGGAUCAAGUGAUGCGUGACUUCCAGAUGGACAUGCAAGAUGUACAGCCCACAAACCCUAUGGGCAACAUGCAAAACAAUGUUUCGGGCUGGUUUACCUGA